UCUCAAGAGGAAUAGGAAUUUAGAUAAUGUAUAAAUUACCUGGAUGAAACUUUGUCAGGUAUGGGUGGGGUUUAGAGUGGAUAAUGAUUUAUCAGAUUGCAGUCCAUGGGCUACAGGGAAAUUAGAUUUAUCAGAAACUCUUGAAAAUGGCCGGACAGACAUGGUCUCACAGACUUUCUAAAAAAAAAAAAAAAUCGCUACCUGCCACAAAACCGUUAAUUUUCGGGAUUUUUAAAAUAAUUAUAUGCAUUCUACAUUCUAAAUUUCAUUAUAAGCAUGCUACAUUCUAACUUUCGUGUCAGUCUAUGGACAGUGCAUUUUUAAAAAAUGUUUCACAAAAUAUUUCGCAACAUCAAAGUUAUACAAUUAGCUUUUUAAUGUAAAUCAUUAUUCAGGUUCACGUGGAAAGACAAUGACUAAAAUUAACGGAAAUAUAAAGGAAUGGGAGAGGGGGGGGGGGGCUUCUGAUGAUGAGUUACGAAAUAACAGUUUACAUAAUGGUUACACAAUUGUAAAGCUGUUUCAUAACAGUUCGACAUUGACCUCUGAUCUUUCUCCCGCUUCAUUGCAAUCCAUUUAAAAAACUUAAUCACACUCAACACCUACUGCAAUCCAUUUAAAACAUUGUUGACAUUCAAUAAGUCCAGUUGAAUAAUUAGACAUGUAUCACCUCCCAUCCGUGCUCUGAUGUAGCAAUACUCGUGUGCAUUUAAAGUGGAUCGCUACAUCAAAGACUCGUUAUCAAAGCAUCUCAUAGAGCAUGAUUUCACCAUCAAAAGCGCUUUACAAGGUCUGGAUUAUUUUAUAAAUAUGACUUUUUGUGGGGGGUUUCUGAAUAGUCUUUCAUUUGUAAAUAAGAGAUUUCAAAAUCCAAACUUCACUUUGAUUUGAUGCAUGAUUUAAUUCAUCUAAUUAAACGCGCCAAGAAGAUUCAUAUACAUAUUCUAAAAAUUUUAAUGAAAAUAUCUAAUAGUAUGAAAAUUAUAACCGUUAUUUGUUAAUGUCUUAUAAAUUUAGGGCUAUAUAGGGUUCUUGAACUUGUGCCUUAUCCUUCAAACUUACACCAGAGUUCGUUUGCUUACAAACCAAACUCUUCCACUUAGGCAUUAUGGGAUAGCGAUUUCGUAGGCCGCGUAUACUGUGUGACGUCACUGUAGAAUGACGAAAAACAUAACGUCAAACGUAAACAACUUUCAAAACAAGAACGUAAACAUCAAGUUCAUUACUUUACACAAUAAUUUGAACAGAGUCUCCCUACUUUUUAAUGAUCUUUUGAUCAUUUUAUGUUUAAAAUAAAAUCCAUACUUUUAUAUUAAUGCUCUUAAUGUCAAUAUCUUCAAACUUUUAACUACGACCUACUUCUUUAGUGUUAUUUGCCUGCGUGAUAAUCGCGGAUUCACAAUAUACAAACCUGUAUAUUGUACUGCGUCACAUAGGAAAGGUCUAUUCGUAGGUGACGUAAUGAGGCCUCGACGGGGAGUUUGCCUUAUCCUUUUAAAGUUCUGUCAAUAAAACAUUCAAUUCACUCCUUUAAUGGUGAAAUCGUACUCCAUGAAAUGCUUUAACGAGCCAUGAAAUCGUUCUUCACGAGAUGCUUUAACGAGCAAUGAAAUCGAUGUAUCGGUCCUCCUUAAAUUUAAUUGAAAUAUCACAUUUUAAAAAUCACUACAUACACACCUUCAUUUAAUAAUACUUGUCAUUAUAUGAUCGAAUAAUUUGGAGUUGUUUGAUUGGCUGAAAUCCAACAAACCAGAAAAACAGAACGUUAAUAUGAUAGACAUAUAUAAAUGUUAUAUAUUCACUUGCCCGUGCCUUCGAGGUGAAUGUAACAUUCUUUAUUUGUUCAUGUAUAAGUUAACAUGAUAUAUUUUGUAUAUGGGAGAGGUUUUUUUAAGUUGCCAGAACUUGUAACCAAUCCUUUUGUAUAUUUAUACAAUAAAAUAUAUUCAAAUCAAAUCAAUGUAACAUUUGGGCCUAUUUCGAUUGGCAAACCUGAUUUAAAUUUGGUUAACUCGAGAAUGAAUUGAAGGUAUCGAGUAAACCUAAAGUGUCCCAAAUAUAACCUAUUUAUAACCUUACCCGAUCAUACCUGGGUCAAACCCACAUGUAAUCGAGUAGUUUAUGUCAGUAAUAGCUGUAAAUAGUGUGGGCGUGUCUUAUUUUUAUGGUGCAUUAUUGAGAAACAGGCUUUAAAGGAAUAGCUGAAAAAUUAUUUCGAAUUUGCCUACCUUUUAAGGACGUACUCUACAUCAUCAUAAUGACUGACUUCCUUUAAAACAUGGAACUUUAAAUAUCAGCAAUGUUUAUCUACCCAUUUCAAAUAGUAUUGCCUAGGUGAGUGAUAGUGGGUCAGUACGUCGACUGGCGAACUGUAGGUUGCGGGUUCGAGUUCAGCAGGGUUUUUACAUUUUAUUUUUUUUUUUUUAGAUCGUAUUCUUCUAAAACUGCAUUUUUUUAACUAAAUAAAGUAAAUUUGAAAGUUUUCAAUUUCAGAUAUCCUCCACUUUUCAUUCAUGUCAAAUGUCUCUGGUGUAUCGUACAUUUUUAACAUAAGAAAAAUUUCCUAUGCCCGGUGCCGUCUUUCUUGUUUGCAUGUGGGUUGGUCAAAAUUUCUAUUGCAAAUUCGUUUGCGCAUGUGCAUGACGUUUAUUUGAUUGAAACUGGGUUAUCUAGGGGUUCUCAAUCAAAGUAAGCAUUGAUUUCUCCAACAAUUGGCCAAAAACAUUGGAAAUUUAAAAUUUGAUACGAUUGGUUAUUAGUUUUUAGUCGUCCAAUGAAAACUCAUAUCUCUAUCACUUUCAACUAGGUCUUGAAAUCAGAACAUCGACAUAUGUGAUGAAACAUACACACUCGAUGUUGUUGUUUUUCCCCAGGUCCACGUGUUUGUUAUUUGACACGUGGGUAUACCACGUGAAGAAUUCUUACCAUCAUUACCCAUCCGUGGAUCUUUUCCCCUUAGGGUCAAAUUAUUAAUAUUUGUCACUUUGUGUUCCCUCCAAACAUGACCUUGACCUCAAAGAUUGAUCUUUUUAUAAUAUUAUUCAAAUUAUGGUUUGAAAUAAGUAUCAUUAUGUGAUUCUAAAAUGUUUAUAUACUUAAGCCUGUCUUUCUAUUUCACAGUGAAAAAAAAUGAAGUGUUUCUUGGGAUUCAACAAGCUUGAUCUCCGCAUCAACACUCCUGACGAUGAAUGGGUGUUUAAGGAAGAACCACACUCCUCCCGACGGCAGGAAAUUUUACGGAAGUAUCCAGAAAUCAAGAAAUUAAUGGGAUACGAUCCAACAAUAGCGUACAUCGUAACUGUGGAGGUACUGAUUCAGGUCUUCAUGUGCUGGCUGUUACAGGACGCUAACUGGUCUACAAUACUUAUUCUAGCGUACUGUUUUGGAGGUGUCUUGAAUCAUUCACUAGGAAGUGCUAUACAUGAAAUUGGCCAUAACCUGGCUUUCGGACAUAGUCGACCUUUUGCCAACAGACUACUCAGUAUAUGGUGUAAUUUGCCCAUUGUAGCCCCGAUGGCCAUUAGCUAUAAGAAGUACCAUGCGGAUCACCAUCGCUAUUUGGGUGAAGAAAACCAGGAUGUUGAUAUUCCUACGCGACUUGAAAGUUUUUUAUUUCGCCACCCAAUCACUAAAAUGAUAUGGCUCGCCACUCAUCCACUUAUCCAUGCAAUUCGUCCCUUCUACAAGAGUCCUAAACCUCUGACCGGAUGGGAGAUCAUUAACACCAUUUGUCAAAUGGCAUUCAAUGGACUUAUUCUCUAUUUAUUCGGCAUCAAGUCUUUGACCUACUUGUUGUCAGGGACUUUAAUGGCGCUUGGGUUCCAUCCUCUGGCAGGGCAUUUUAUUUCCGAACAUUAUCUGUUCCACGGAAAACAAGCAACCACCUCGUACUAUGGUCCGCUUAAUUUCAUUCUCUUUAAUGUCGGUUAUCAUAUUGAACACCACGACUUCCCGUACAUCCCAUACAACCGUCUUCCGGAAGUGAGGAAAAUCGCGGCAGAAUAUUAUGACCACCCUUACCAUACUUCUUGGGUGAAGGUAUUGUGGGACUUUGUGUUUGACCGCGAAAUGGGACCCCACGCCAGGGGGGUCGGCUACAGGAAGGAAGAUAUCAAAGCAGACUAAAGGCAUUAUAUAGUAGAUAAAAGAUAGACGAAUGGCGUUAUUAUUUAUAGUUUUUGAAGAAGGAGUGAUCGUUAUGUACAUCUUUUUAUUUCCAUAUUUGUGUGUUAUUUGACUGUACAGUGUGCAUCGGUUCAUUUUGUGUUGUCAUUCUGUUUGUACUAUUAUCCCUCCCUUAUGGUCGUUCAGAACAUUUUAAAUGUUUACCAAUGUCACAGGUGCUUGUGGACAGGACUUCCGGUACCCCCUUCUAAAUUUGAAUGUUCAAUUUCUUGAGUAUUUCGGGUGUAUCUUUGAAUACUAUGUAACUUCAGAAUGUAUUUAUUUCAAAUAUUUCAUAAAAACAGCUUUUAAAAAUGUUUUAUCACCGACCAUGACAGAUGAGCAUGCUUGUUCCUUGCACACGUGAGCAAUGUAUGAAUGUGAUUGCACACCUUGAUAAGGAAAUGUUAUAAUCACUGAAAUUGAUAUGUCUAUAAUGCAGAUUUGUGGUUUUUCAAAUACUCAACACGAACUGUG